GAGUUGUACUUUUAGCUUCCCCCAUCCUGCAAGGCCACUCAACCAUGUGCUAGCUGGAGUGAUCUUUAUUCACAAUGUCUUUACAAAGGCUCCUGCAACACAGCAGCAAUGGCAAUUUGGCGGACUUCUGUGCUGGGCCAGCGUAUAGCUCUUAUUCCACACUCACAGGUAGCCUUACGAUGGACGAUAAUAGAAGGAUUCAAAUGUUGGCAGACACAGUGGCUACUCUACCUCGGGGACGAAAGCAGCUUGCUUUGACCAGAUCAAGUUCUUUAAGUGACUUUUCCUGGUCUCAAAGAAAGCUUGUUACUGUGGAGAAGCAGGAUAAUGAAACAUUUGGAUUUGAAAUUCAGUCUUACAGGCCCCAGAAUCAGAAUGCCUGCUCCUCGGAAAUGUUCACUUUGAUAUGCAAAAUACAGGAGGACAGCCCAGCUCACUGUGCUGGCCUGCAAGCUGGUGAUGUCCUUGCAAAUAUCAAUGGUGUGAGCACAGAAGGUUUUACCUACAAACAAGUCGUUGACCUGAUCAGAUCGUCUGGAAACCUGCUAACGAUAGAGACUCUUAAUGGAACAAUGAUUCUGAAAAGAACAGAGCUUGAAGCAAAGCUGCAGGUUUUAAAGCAAACUUUGAAACAAAAAUGGGUGGAGUACAGAUCUCUGCAGUUACAGGAACAUCGUCUGCUUCAUGGUGAUGCAGCUAAUUGCCCCAGUUUGGAAAACAUGGACUUGGAUGAAUUGUCUUUGUUUGGACCCCUGCCUGGGCCAGGCCCAGCCCUCGUGGACCGGAAUCGAUUAUCCAGUGAGAGCAGCUGUAAGAGCUGGCUGAGCUCCAUGACUAUGGACAGUGAAGAUGGCUACCAGACGUGUGUGUCUGAGGACUCCAGCAGGGGUGCCUUCAGUCGGCAGACGAGCACAGAUGAUGAGUGCUUUAUCCCCAAGGAGGGGGAUGAUUUUCUGAGGAGGUCGUCUUCAAGGAGGAACCGGAGCAUCAGUAACACCAGCAGCGGAUCCAUGUCUCCCUUGUGGGAGGGCAACUUCUCAAGCGCGUUUGGGACCCUGCCCCGGAAGAGCAGAAAGGGAAGUGUCCGGAAGCAACUCUUGAAAUUUAUCCCUGGCCUUCAUCGUGCUGUGGAAGAGGAAGAAAGUCGCUUUUGACGGAUUGUGGUGUCCUUUCAAAUUGGCUUAUUUCACAAAUAUCUCUAGACUCACCCACAUCCCAGCUUGGUGGGAAAGUGCAGAAGAAUUGCAAAACUGACAUCCCAUUUCACAGCAAUAGUGACCUUUAUUUAAAUUGUUGUGUCAUAGUUUUUGCUUCUUACAUCAUUUUUCAACCUGAACAGCUCAAUUUCUAAGCAGACAGGGAAACUAAAUAAUAAGUUAAUUAAUAUAACAAACAUGAAAGUGCCUGCUCAUCCCAGUACUGUCUUUGAAAGCAAAACUAAUAUUUAUUUUCUAGAUUAUCCCUGUGAAUAAUUGAUAACUUUUGGAGUCAAGUAUGAAUAAACAUUUGGCAGAAUAUAAUAAUCUGCACUGUUUUCUAUAGGAUAAUUGGUGAGUUAUAAAAUCUCAGGUUUGCUUAUGCCCAGUGGCUUCUGGGGAGGCUUAAUAAUAGGCAGUUUUGAAUUUGUUCAAACCUGUAAUGACUUGUAAACAAAGAUGACCAUCAACCCUUUCUCACAUCUAUAGUGACAAUAAAGCGGGAAGUAUAAGAUUUAAUAGGAGGGGUUAAGGUUCAUGAGAACCAUGGAAAGAUGUGGUCUGAGAUGGGUGCUGCGAAGAUCAUAAUAAAGUCUUUUUUAUAGUCAGUCUAAACAAAA